UGACAACAAAUAAAACAGAAUUUUUAAUUUGUUGAAUGUUGAAACUUUAAUUUUUCCAUAACAACACAAAUAUAAAACAGGUUGAUUUACAUUGUUUAAAAGUAAAUAAACAAUUACUUUAAAAUGGAGAGCAACAUGGAUCAAAAUAUCAUGGACAAGUCCAUGAGAUCGGUUUUCGUUGGAAAUAUUCCAUAUGAAGCAACCGAAGAAAAAUUAAAAGAUAUUUUUAGCGAAGUGGGACCAGUUCUUUCAUUUAAGCUAGUGUUCGAUAGAGAAACCGGCAAACCUAAAGGUUAUGGCUUCUGUGAAUAUAAAGAUCAAGAAACUGCUUUAAGUGCUAUGAGGAAUUUAAAUAACUACGAAAUAGCUGGACGUACUUUACGUGUUGACAAUGCGUGUACGGAAAAGUCGAGAAUGGAAAUGCAAAAUUUACUACAAGCACCAACAGUAGAAAAUCCGUAUGGUGAACCAAUUCAAGCAGAGAAAGCACCAGAAGCUAUUAGCAAAGCAGUCGCUUCUUUACCACCAGAGCAAAUGUUCGAAUUAAUGAAACAAAUGAAAUUGUGCAUUCAAAAUAAUCCUACAGAAGCAAGAACUAUGCUAUUACAAAAUCCACAAUUGGCAUACGCUUUACUUCAAGCACAAGUUGUUAUGAGAAUUAUUGAUCCUGCUAUAGCAUGUACAAUGUUACAUAAAGCUAAUCAACCGCCACCAACUUUACAACCAGCUGAGAAAGUAGCUAAUGAACCGGUUCCAAUCAAUUUACCAACAGCAGUAGCACCAGUAGCAGUACCAGCCCCAAGGCAACAACCUGAUUUCCCAUCAAUGGCUGUUGCACCACAUUCAAAUCAAAAUCCUGUAUUUUCAGCUCAAGAUGUCGAUUUACGUUCAAUUGAACCACGACCAAUAGACCCACGUUUAUCUCGAAUGGGCGAUCAAGAUAUGCGAAUUGCACCAACCGUAACUCAACCCAUAACACCUGUACCACCACCUAUUACUGGAAGUGGUUUUUCACCAGUUGAUACCACGCUUGCAAAGACUGGAGACACUUCAGAAAGUUUUUCACGUGAUCCUCGUGCUGCUUCUACAUUUACCAGUGAUCCAAGACAACGUAAUAUAGAUCCAAGACAUGCAAAAACUAUAGGAGCAGCUCCAAAUACAUCUGCAGCAGGUUACGCGCCAACUCCUGUAGCAGCACCAAUACGACCACCUCCAAAUAUUCCAAUAUUAGCUGCCGGUUCACAAUUACCAAGAAUGCCAGUUGGGCUAUCGCCAAAUAUAGGCCCAUCAGGAGCUUCAGAUCAAGAAAAGGCUGCUCUUAUAAUGCAAGUGUUACAAUUAUCAGAUGAUCAAAUAGCUAUGUUACCUCCAGAACAACGUACAAGUAUUCUAGUAUUGAAGGAACAAAUAGCCAAAAGUACGCAACGUUAAAUGAAGAUCUACUGAGCUG